GAACGACGUGGAAAAACGCGACUGGGUGUUGAUGACAACUACUGGAAACGGGGGGUAAUCUUAACAUUUCGGUCUCUGAAAAACCCUAGCCUCCUCCCCGUCGGAUCAACAUAAGCAUAGUAUAUAAAACCUCCGCUCAUCCCUCAUUGCCUUGGCUGGCAAGCGGUAAGAGGUUCGUCUUCAACUUCAAGAGCAUCUGCAAAUGGGUAUCGAUUUAGUCGCCGGCGGCAAAAGCAAAAGGACCAAGCGGACCGGCCCCAAAUCAAAUGAUGUCUACCUCAAGCUCCUUGUCAAGCUGUACCGGUUUCUCGUACGAAGAACUGGAAGCAAGUUCAAUGCGGUGGUACUGAAGCGGCUGUUCAUGAGCAAGGUCAACAGACCUCCUAUGUCGCUCUCCAGGCUGAUUCGCUUUAUGCAGGGGAAGGAGGACAAGAUAGCUGUGCUUGUUGGGACUGUGACGGAUGAUGUUAGAGUUUAUGAGGUCCCAGCCUUGAAGGUGGCUGCCCUGAGAUUCACAGAGAGGGCAAGGGCGAGGAUUGAGAAGGCUUGUGGGGAGUGUCUAACCUUUGAUCAGCUGGCUCUCAGAGCUCCUCUUGGUCAGAACACGGUUCUCCUCAGAGGUCCAAAGAACUCUCGUGAAGCAGUGAAGCAUUUUGGUAAAGCUCCUGGUGUGCCUCACAGCCACACUAAACCAUACGUACGAUCAAAGGGAAGGAGAUUUGAGAGAGCUAGAGGAAGAAGGAAUAGCAGGGGGUUCAAGGUUUGAGUUGUUUGUGUUAGCAUCCUUUGAUCCCAAGGCAUCAGUCAUUCAUCCACAUGCUGGUGCGUUUUUGUGUUGUGUUAGAUCAACCACAUUUCCCUUUAUUAUCUCCUAUGCCCCAAUGCAGCCUUGUCUUUGUUUCCAAUCUAUCUUACUACAGUUUUUUCAUGUGCUUUUAUGCUUUUAUCUCAUAAAGAUUGAGAGUUUGUCUAUUUAAGACUGGAUGCUUGUCCUUGAUUUGUCCUUUAAUUAUAUGAUCUGUUUAGGGGUUUUGUGAAUACGUGAAAAAGCAAACUUGAUUUGACAA